CUACUACACCAUUCAUCGCGCGCGCUUCCACAGUUCAACAACGCCGAAGAAGUCGCACCUGUUAAAUCAUACGUACGCGCUGCAGAAGCCGAGUGUUGAGACUGUGCUCGAGUGACUUUUGACCAGUAUGACGGACCUGAAUUUUGUUUUGGGUGUUCUGUUCUUGGUGUACGGUUCCUGCUCUGCCCAUGUCCUCGGCGACGAAUGCAACAGCGACUGGGAAUGCAAAGAGAACAUUGCGGGAUCGAUCUGUCACAGGGGAAGAUGCUUAUGUCAGCCCUUCUACGCCCGAGUCAACCAGACAGCAUGCGUGCAAUCGACGCUGCUGGGCUACGACUGUAUUGUUCCUGAACAGUGCUCGUUGAAAGUCGCCAACAGCAGUUGUCUGGAUGGGACGUGCCGGUGCGUCGAUGGAUUCUUGCAAUUCAGGAAACACACUUGUCUGGGACCGGCUAGACCCGGAAACGUCUGCUACAGUAACGCACAUUGUCGUUUAUGGACAGCUGACAGCCAUUGCGACUUCUUGAUCCCAAAUUUAUUCGGACGGUGUCAGUGCAAUUCACCGUUUCGACAAGUGGGAGAUUCUUGCGUAAGAUCUGCAUUCCAGACGAAGCCACCAACAACGACCACUGAAGCCGACAUCGACUCUAAUUUGAUAGGGGGGAAAUUCGACAAGACGACGACUGCAAGGACGACGGUGGUGCCUUCGACACUUCCGACUAUUACUACUGCAAUGCCAAGGCUCAAUGUCUCCUCGACAGUGACUACAAUUGCGCCUCCGGCGACUACGGGCAUAAGAACUCGGGUUGAUGAUGCGGCGGAGGCGGUGAGUUUGGGUCUUCCGUGCGUGACGGAUUUGCAAUGUCGCGCCGCUGAUCCCUCCUCCAGGUGUAUUGAUGGUCUGUGUGAUUGUACUGUUAGGACGAACGCCACUGGAUGCUCGGCGCGGAACACGGGAUGCAUUCCGGGGACUUUCCAGUGCCGCAGCACCGGCACUUGCAUAAGUUGGUUCUUUGUCUGCGACGGCCGCAAAGACUGCAGCGACGGUUCCGACGAGGAAUGCCUUCGAAGCAAAUGUCCUGCAGAAGCCUUCGCUUGCAAGUCCUCGAGCCGCUGCGUCUCGCGGGCAGGACGAUGCGAUGGCGUCAAGGACUGUCCAGGAGGCGAAGACGAAGAGGACUGUCAAGCUACGAGGAAAAGGGGAUGUCCUCCGAACACGUUCCAGUGUGCGGACGGCAAGUGCUUGCCGGAGUACGAAUUCUGUAACGCUAUUGUUGGGUGUAGCGACGGAAGCGACGAACCUGCCCACAUAUGCAGAGGAAGAGCCAGAAGGAGGCUUUCGGAGUACUGUCCGUUGCGGUGCGGCAACGGCAGGUGUAGGUCGAGUGCCAUCGCAUGCUCGGGGAGAGAUGGGUGCGGAGAUGGUACAGAUGAGAGGAAUUGUUCAGUGUGUAGAUGCCCAGUUGUUAAAACAAGGAAUUUAUAGUUAGUAGGUGUUUAACUUCUUUCUGUACAAUGCCAAAAAUUUUGUAUAUUAUUUUCAAACCCAACCAUGCGACUCAUGAUGUAGGUAGAUUAGAGUUAUAGAUGAUAAUCGUCACGUUUAUAGUAUUAUGUAGCUGCUUAAGUUAAAUUUAAGUCAAUGCUCAAAAUUUUUGUUGGAAAUAAAUAUUUAUUUACC